UGCGUCACCCACGUCCCGCCCGGCCAAGCCCGGCGCGCCGCGCUCGAGUGGCCGUUCCUCCGCCAACGGGUGGCGAGGGCCCGGGGAGUGCGGACGCCGGGCGCCGGCCAUGGCUCCCUGGGCGGGGGCCGAACUCUCAGCACUGAAUCCGCUGCGUGCCGUGUGGCUCACGCUGGCCGCGGCCUUCCUGCUGACCCUACUGCUGCAGCUCGUGCCGUCCGGCCUGCUUCCGGGCUGCGCGCUCUUCCAGGACCUGAUCCGCUAUGGAAAAACCAAGGAAGGGGGGCCGUCGCGCCCGGCCGCCUGUCGGGCCUUUGAUGUCCCCAAGAGGUAUUUUUCUCACUUCUAUAUCAUCUCAGUGCUGUGGAAUGGCUUCCUGCUUUGGAGCCUUACUCAGUCUCUGUUUGUGGGAGCACCUUUUCCAAACUGGCUUCAUCAUUUACUCAGAAUUCUUGGGGCUACGCAAUUCCGAGGGGAUGAGCUUGUGCUGUCUGCGUUCUUAGCGCUAGUGUUUCUGUGGCUGCACAGCCUACGAAGACUCUUCGAGUGCUUCUAUGUCAGUGUCUUCUCCAAUGCCGUGAUUCACGUCGUGCAGUACGGUUUUGGACUUGUCUACUAUGUCCUUGUUGGCCUGACUGUGUUGAGCCAAGUGCCAAUGGACGGCAGGAAUGUCUACGUGGUAGGGAAGAAUCUCUGGAUGCAAGCUCGGUGGUUCCAUAUCCUCGGGAUGAUGAUGUUCAUCUGGUCGUCUGUGCAUCAGUAUAAGUGUCAUGUCAUUCUCGGCAAUCUCAGGAAAAAUAAAGCGGGAGUGGUCAUUCACUGUAACCACCGAAUCCCUUUUGGAGACUGGUUUGAAUAUGUUUCUUCCCCUAACUACUUGGCAGAGCUGAUGAUCUACAUUUCCAUGGCUGUCACCUUUGGUUUCCACAACUUAACUUGGUGGCUCGUGGUAACAUAUGUCUUCUUCAGCCAGGCCCUGUCUGCUUUCCUCAGCCACAAAUUCUACAAAAGCAAAUUCGUCUCCUACCCGAAGCACAGGAAAGCUUUCCUACCAUUUCUGUUUUAAGAUAAUCUCAGUUAUGAGGAAUGCACACCAGGUGACAGUUUCAAUUCCUAAGGACAACGAAGCCUAGAGACCAAAGUGCAAUUUCUGUAGAACUGUUUGAAAGUCUCUGGUCCAUUUCUGUUACCAGAAGUCUUCACUGCAUGAGCAAAGCAAUACCGCUCAAGAAAAUGAGUCUUGGGACUUCCCUGGCAGUCCAGUGGUUAAGGCUCCGCACUUCCACUGCGGGGGGCAUGGGUUCGAUCCCUGGUUGGGGAACUAAGAUCUCACUUGCUGCUCAGCUUGGCAAAAUAAAUAAAAUUUUUUUAAACAGUGGAAGAAAUUGAGUCUUCAGAGAAGAAAUACUUCUGGCAGACCUGGGAGUGCUAUGUCUGCUUUCUGAGAUGCUUUAUAAAAGCAACCAAGUGCUAAAAAGUAGAUGAGACUUGUCCAAGCUGCUUCAAAAACAAACUAAUCAAGAAUAUACAAACAACUUCAAACAAACACUUACAUACACAAUGGAAGAGAUAAGGUCAUCUGUGGCUUUGUUUUCGCUACAGACAAAUUAACUAGACUACACAGUAAGCAAUGUAGCAGAUGCUCCGUAACUGCUUGUUGCAUAUCAGUCAAAGCUUAAUAGCCUUUGAAAAUAACAACAAUGUAUAAUUUCACACCAAUGGAUUCUGGGAAAAGUGAGUUUAUUGAAGUUAGCUUAUACUUUUACUUAUUACCACAAAGAUUUCCAGCUAUGUAACCAUCAGUAGUCAUUUCCCCCUCAAAUCAUAGCCUAACAAAGUUUGAAACCUCUUUUAUUUAAUAUUUUUUUGACAUACCUUUCUAGGGAGUACCUUAAAAGUGUAAGCAUCUGAAAUAAAAUAUUUUUAUAUUUAAGCAUAAAAAGCCUUCGUGAAUGGAACUGA